CGGAGCUUGGGAGAAGGGGCUGCUUCUCCUCGCGGCCGGCUGGGCGCGUCUCCGAUGCAGCUCGUGGCCCAGCGCGCGGUGCCCCUGACAGCUGGGCCGAGCUCCGUGCUCCCGGCGGGAGGAGACCAAGAGGCCAUGGCCCCGGGGGCGCCUGUUCCGGUAGCUGUGACAUUUGAUGACGUGACCGUGUAUUUCACGGAGCAGGAGUGGGGAACCCUGGAGGAGUGGCAGAAGGAGCUUUACAAGCAUGUCAUGAAGACCAAUUAUGAGAACUUGUUCUCCCUGGGCUAUGCCAUUCCCAAACCAGACUUGAUAACCCAGAUUGAACAAGGGGAAGAGCCAUUCAUCAGAGAUGGGGGACACUUGAACACAAGAGAACUGACCAUUGGUUCCAAGGCUGAUGAGCAUCCUGACAUGAAGAGCACACAGGAGCAGCUGUUUUCUGGCUGUGCCAUCCCCAGGCCAGAUUCGAUAACCCAGAUUGAACAAGAAGAGUCCCUCAUCAGCCGUCAAGGGAACUUGGAAACUGGAGAAUUUGCAGUCUGCACCAGUGGUAAUGAACAUCUUGACUGGAGGAGUACAGAGGUGCAGCUGUUUUGGGGUUCGCCAUUUCCAGUAACCAAAGUUUUCUGCUUGGAAACAUUUGUCCCAACAUGAGUAAAAAUUUGGAGAAAGAGCAAUCUCAACAGACCUUGACUUGGAGCAGCUUUGAAUCUGGGCAGGGAGGGAGAAGGGAAUUCUGGACCUUCAGGUUCAAGACAACAGGAAAGCCAUGGAUAUGAUCUUCAAAACCAGAACUGGUCUGGGCCCUUACCAU